AUGCUACUUGGUUUUGUUCUCUUGGUUUGUUCACUUGAACAAAGGGCAAGACUUAGGGUAUCUAGUGACAUGAAUGAACUAUUAGCUCUAUUGCAUGCUUCUGUUGCUUGCCGAAGGAAAUUACUCAUCAAUUGGGUGUCUGCCAAUGAUCUUGAAGAAGCAACUGCCAUAGAAAAUCCUAAUGUUCACAGAGCUACUUGUAAUUCUUUGAAGUCGGUGGAUGGUGUGCUUGUUCCGGGGGUGGGGGGGGGGGGUGAUGAUAGAGGUGUAGAAGAGAAAAUCAUUGCAGCGAAAUAUGCAUGUGAGAACAAUAUCCCCUACCUUAGCAUUUGUUUAGGAAGGCAAAUUGUUGUCAUAGAGUAUGCCAUAUCUGUUAUUGCUCCUGAAAAUGCAAAUAGCACCGAAUUCGAUCCAAAUACUAAAAAUCCUUGUGUCAUAUUUAUCCCCAAGGGUUCAAAAACUCAUAUGGGUGGUACCAUGCGCCUUGGAUCGAGGAGGACAUAUUUUCAAGUAAUGGACUCUAAAGCUUCACAGCUUCCAAAGUUGAAUGUUUUGUAUCAGUGUUUUUUAGGUCUUGGUUAUAAAAUUGAUGAAAUAGUUCAAGCAUGGAAUGAGAUGUAUGAGGUUAAAAGAUGGCAGACUGGUGUUCCCACUUUUUGCCUUGAACCACUCUUUAGGCGUCGCGUCUCAAAAUUGCAUUAUCUCAUGGAAGUGGAACAUCGUUGGGAUUUCCAUUUUUACCUUUGGUGUGAUUUAGUCAUGUAUGGGAAUCACUACUGUUGGAAGCUCUUUCUUCUUUUAAGGGAGUCAAAUUCCAAUUUUGCUGCUCAACUUGUUGGAUUCAUGGAAACUUUGUUAGUUGGUGCUCCUGAUCAAGCCCAUUAG